AUGGGGCAGCAUUGGAGACGAAGGCCCAGUUCAUACUGGAACCUCCUGUCCUUCCUGAUCACCAUUGAGGAGAUCAAUCAGAAUCCCAGGCUGCUACCCAACAUCACCCUGGGCUACAACGUCAAGGACAACUAUUUCGACGCCAGAACGACAUACGAUUCCAUGGUAGAUCUGCUCUCUCCUGGGCUGGCAAAUGUUCCAAACUACAAGUGCGGACGACAAAACAAGGUGCCACUUUUUAUUGAAGGGGCUGACUCAGAUACCUCCAUCCACAUUUCAACUACGUUGGGCCUCUACAAAAUCCCCCAGCUUCACCCCUUCCUGGGAAACUUCCAGUUUUACAAUCACUCCAUGGACGGAGUGUAUCUGGAUGAGAAUGGAGACCUUGCAGCUGACUUUGACAUCUUGUACUUUGCAAAACUCCCCAAUCAUUCUGUUUUUGAGAAGAAAGUUGGGAGUCUAGAGAGACAGGGGACCUCAGACAUCACACUCACCAUUGACCAGGUUCCUAGACACUCCCAUAGUCAAAGCCAACAACCGGGACCUCUCUUACAUCCUCCUCGUCUCCCUCCUGCUUUCCUUCUUGUCUUCCUUCCUGUUCAUUGGCCAGCCAAGGAAAGCGACCUGCCUUCUCAGACAAACGGCCUUCAGCAUCAUCUUCACAGUUGCCGGGCCUUCUUGGCCACACAGCCAGGAAAUAAAGUGAGGAAAUGGCUGGGGAAGAGUUUGGCCAACUCUGUGGUCAUUUCCUGUUCUAGUGUUCAGGUUGUGAUCUGCGCCAUCUGGUUGGGGACCAAUUCCCCAUUCUCAGACUCUGACAUGCACUCUGAACCUGGAGAGAUCAUCCUGCAAUGCAACGAAGGGUCUGUCAACAUGUUCUAUAGUGCCCUUGGCUACAUGGGCUUCCUGGCUGCCAUCUGCUUCACGGUGGCUUUCCUUGCCAGGAAGCUGCCUGGGUCCUUCAACGAAGCCAAGCUGAUCACCUUCAGCAUGCUGGUCUUUUGCAGUGUUUGGGUGUCCUUUGUGCCC